AAGAAUGAACAUGGGAGAGAGACCCUACACAUGCCUUGAGUGUGGAAAAAGUUUUAGUCAGAGCUCAGCCCUCAUCGCACAUCGGAGAAUCCACACUGGAGAGAGACCGUACACAUGCCCUGAGUGUGGGAAAAGCUUCAACCGGAGCUCACACCUCAUCGCACAUCGGAGAAUCCACACCGGAGAGAGACCCUACACAUGCUCUGAAUGUGGGAAAAGCUUCAAUCGGAACUCAAACCUUAUCACACAUCGGAGAAUCCACACAAAAGAGACUCCCUACAGAUGCUCUGAGUGUGGGAAAAGCUUCAGUCACGGCUCAGCCCUGAUCACCCAUCGGAGAAUCCACACUGGAGAGACGCCCUUCACAUGCCCUGAGUGCGGGAAACACUUCAAUCACAGCUCACACCUCAUCACACAUCAGAGAAUUCACACAGGAGAGACACCUUACAUGUGCUCUGAGUGUGGGAAAAGCUUCUGUCGGAGAGCUACUCUUAUCACGCAUCGGAGAAUCCACACGGGUGAGACACCCUACUCGUGCUCUGAGUGCAGGAAAAGCUUCAGUGAGAGUUCAGACCUUAUUAGGCAUUGGAUAAUCCACACAGGAGAGAAACCCUACACAUGCCCUGAGUGUGGGAAAAGCUUCAACCACAGCUCAAACCUGAUCACACAUCGGAGAAUCCACACUGGAGAGACGCCCUACACCUGCUUUGAGUGCGGGAAAAGCUUCACCCAGAGCUCGCACCUUAUCACACAUCGGCGAAUCCACACGGGAGAGCGACCCUACACGUGCUCUGAGUGUGGGAAAAGCUUCAACCACAGCUCAAACCUUAUCACACAUCAGCGAAUCCACACGGGUGAGACACCCUACUCGUGCUCUGAGUGCAGGAAAAGCUUCAGUGAGAGUUCAGACCUUAUUAGGCAUUGGAGAAUCCACACAGGAGAGAAACCCUACACAUGCCCUGAGUGUGGGAAAAGCUUCAACCACAGCUCAAACCUGAACAAACAUCGGCGAAUUCACACUGGGGAGACACCCUACACCUGCCUUGAGUGCGGGAAAAGCUUCAGCCAGAGCUCACACCUUCUCACACAUCAGCGAAUCCACACGGGAGAGCGACCCUACGCAUGCUCUGAGUGCGGGAAAAGCUUCAAUCGGAGCUCAAACCUCAUCACACAUCAGAGAGUCCAUGUAGGGAAGACACUCUCCUCAUGCUCUGAGUGUGGGAAAAGCUUCCGUCGGAGCUCAGCCCUUAUUAGUCAUCAGCGAAUCCAUAAAGGAGUGACAAACUACACAUGCCCUGAGUGUGGGAAAAGUUUUAAUAAGAGCUCAAUUUUCAUCAAACAUAAGAGAAUCCACACAGGCGAGUAACGCCAUAAAUCAGGGCUUCUCAACCUUUUCUUUCUGAGGCCCCCUCAACCUGCUAUAAAAACUCCAAGGCCCCCAACGGGUGGGUAGCGACUUACGGAUCUGGGCCCGGGGGGUGGGACCCUUGGGCAUAGGUGUACUUUGACUUCUAUUUUGGGAGGGGUAAGGGCUGGCAAGGCUUGGGCUAGCUCCACACAGCCGGGUCCAGGGAGGGAGUCCAGCCGGGUCCACUUCCACCCCCUGCCUCACCUCAGCAGCCACCCACCUGUCUGGGGCUUUGUGCUGGUGGCUGCUCCCCACAGCUCUGCUGGCCUCGGAGCCAGGUCCCUGCCUGGGCAGCUGUAACUGGCUGCGUGAGCAGUCAAAGCAGGCCGGGAGCUGAGGAGCAGCUGCAACCCUGGGCACCAGCAGCAGAUGGAGUGGGCAGCCCUGGCAUUCCCCCAUGACACCAGCAGCCAGAAGAGCAGCUGCCCCGCACUGCCUGGCUCCAGAUUGGCCAGGUCAGAGAUGGGAGAGGUGGGGCUUGAGGGGGGCUGAGGGAGUGGAGCUUCCCCCAGGACUGCCACGUUCUGGGUAAGGCACUGCAGUUGGGGGGCGGGGUGCCUCCUCAACUUUGCUCAUGGGCUCAGGGCUUCAGCCCUGUGCCGCUCCCGGAUUCCGUUGCGGGAGCUCAGGGUUUCAGCUCCCUGCCGCUCUGACUUCAGGGGCGGGAGGGGAGCUCAGGGUUUCAGCCCUGCACUGCUCCCAGCUUCGGUGGGGGAGGGAAAGAGGGGAGCUCAGGGUUUCAGCCCCAUGCUGCUCCUGGAUUCAGUGGUUGAGGGGAGGGGAGCUUGGGGUUUCAGCCCUGUGGUGGGGAGCUGAGACUUGGGGUCUCAACUGUGGGUCCCCACAGACUCCCUGAAAGGAGAACCCCAGGGGCCCCCGGACCUCCAGUUGAGAACCGCCACCAUAAAUGUCUUAGGGCCGGCCAAAGAUUUUUUGUAAAAUACAGUAGCAAAUUCCCACGUAGUUUGUACCAUUUUCUUCAGUGUAGUCUCUCAGCUUUACGUGAGUUGCCUGCCUCUGUCUUUUGCCCCUUCCCAUUUGGGGUGAAUCACAUCAUCCUUUAUCAACUCCUUUAUUUUAUAAGUCCUGGGAGUGUGUCCUUCUCCUGCCAGAAAUAUCCAUCAGCACCAUGUGCGGGAGAUAGUGUUCACCUUGACUAGCUACACUGAAGUAAAAAUGGCCCGUGCCUUGUCUCCACUGGGAUUGUACAUGGAGGUAGCCGCUCAGUUUAGAGAUC